AUGGCGCCCCCUUUUGCAACAGCCUACGCUAGAACGUCGUGCUCGCGAUGUCACAAGCGGAAGAAGAGAUGCGACCGCGCUUUGCCCCAGUGCGAAAACUGCCACAAGGCCCGUAUCGCCUGCAGCUUCCUGGACGAUGACCGGCAAACAGCGUCCUAUCCGAUUGGUUAUGUGCGCAGCCUAGAGAGCCGAAUCCAGGACUUGGAAACCCAACUUGCUGGCUCGCCGCGGGCACCGAGUUCCGCGGCAAAUGAAGAGGCGUCUCUCGCAGAUGAAAUCUCAUGUUCAGGUCAAAAUCCAGAACAAUUCCCGGAUGAGUUUCACGAUGAGUUGGUCGUCAUCGACCCAGACGGCACCUGUCCGCCGGCCUUUUAUUCCCAUGACGGAUCCUGGGGCGACUUGGAAAUCCAUCCCGAAGACACUGCCCCGAGAUCAGUGCGAGAGACGCCACAUUCUCUCGACGAAGAGCUGAAACACCUGUCGCUCGAAGCCACGGCGGAGCGACAUCUCGGCUCCUCGUCCGGCCUCUCGUUUGCGAAACUCACGCAGAUGGUGCUUCGACGCCUCACUCCCGAUAAGGCCGAUUUCGUCUUUGCAAACGACGACGACGAAGACCGGACUCUGCAGCAGUUCAACGCCGGGUCUCCGUCGACGAUGCUGAACAAUUUCAUGUUCAACAACUUUGGAAACCCUACCGCGUGCGAUCCGAUUUUGUUCGGCGACUACCCCCUCUCGGCUAUCGCGGCACCCGAUGAGGCCGUCGCCCACUUAUCUCUCCUCACCGACGAUACCAAGGUUAGCCGCUUGGUAGAUUUCUACUUUGCCCACUCACAUACGCUGUACCCGAUUAUACAGCGGAGCGAGUUCACUGCCACUCUUCACUUCGUCCGUUCAAACCCGGAUGCCCCUUUGGCCCAAUCUCCGUUGUCUCUUUUCAGAAUUUGGAUGGUUUUAGCAAUCGGCUCUACGGCAUAUUGCUCCGUUACAUUGGCUGAAGAGUCAGAGUCCAUGCUGUAUUACGACAAAGCUCUGACAUAUUUCGAGGCGGCUCUCGAGUAUGGAGACAUGGCUGCUCUGGAGGUCAUUGCGCUGCAAGUCUCAUACUCGUUCUUUAACCAACUCGGGCCAAAUACGUGGUUCCUUGUUGGCUUAGCUGCUCGUAUAGCUCUCGGUAUGGGUCUUCACACAUCCAAGACUUAUGAAGGACUACCACACGAUGUUGUCGAAAGGCGGAAACGGGUUUUCUUUUCCAUCUACAUGAUGGAUCGUGUGGUAUCGCUAGCACUCGGGAGGCCGUUUGCUUUGCACGAAGAUGACAUUGAUGUCUCGCCUUUUGCCGAUGUCGAUGAAGAGGAUGUAACACCCGACGGCAUCCAAACCCCCACCUCUCUUAACCCUUCCAUGAUGGCUGUACCUCUCCACAUCCUGGCUCUGAGGCGAAUUGCCGGCAAAAUGGCCACGCUGGUGUACUCAAAUCGGAGAGUCGCUCUACUGGACACGCACGAACGAGAAGACAUACUGCGGUCACUACACAAGGAGCUUAUCGACUGGCGCCGCAACAUGCCGUUCCCCCUGCCCGACAUCAACGCCCAAGUGCCGCAUUUGACCAGCAGCUGGUACGACUUUAACUACUACACCCACCUCGCGAUGCUCUACCGACCAACGCCCCUGUUUCCAACGCUGGAUCAACACCGCAUCAAGAUCCUCGCAGAGGCCGCCUCCAUGUCCAUCCGCCAAGCCACAAACAUGCACCGGCAGAAAAGGUUUGCAUAUAACUGGUUAAAUCUUCUUUCCGUUUUCACCUCGACACUGUCCCUCAUCUAUGCCGUGACGGCUCAACCAGAUAACCUAGCGGCAGUGCUGGAGGAGACCAAGGCGACCAGCGACCUCGAGCUAUCCAUCGAGCUGUUCACGGCGCUCAGCGUAAAGUUCCCCGCGGCCAAGAAAAUGCAGAGGAUGGUGGAUCAAGUAGUCAAAAAGUACGGCGACCUGCACAACAAAUCGGACGGCUUCCAUAGCUCAGUUGGUUAGAGCUUCGUACUAAUACUACUACUUGCUAGUGUUGGUGAUGCGAAGGUCGCAGGUUCAAGCCCUGCUGGGAGCAAAAUUGCCUCGCAAUGCUAUCCAAUUUCUUUUUAACAAUUUCGUCGAUUUUUUUUGGUGGGUGGGGCGGUUGAGUGUUAUCUAUUGUGGUGUUGCGAUCCACCACCGAUAGGACAAUCAUCAAGUCCAGUAGUAUCUUGCUCGCAGUCUUCCCGAAAGUAGCUAGACGGUGGUAAAUUGCGGUGCCUGGUUAUAUGUUGUAGAAUUCUCCG